GAUCCUGGGAUUGAGAUGCUGGCCUCUUCUGCCCCUCGGACCUGCUUGAUCCAUCCUGGUGCCCUGUGUCUGGUCGGAGUUUUAUCGCACCACUCCUGUGAAGGACAGCCCCAUGAGGACAGUUGAGGGUUAUACCUGUUAAAACUGUUAAUAUUAUAAUCAGGCUGUCUGUUGUUGCCCAAAUGAGGAUGGGUUCCCUUUUGAGUCUGGUUCCUCUCGAGGUUUCUUCCUCAUGUCGUCUGAGGGAGUUUUUCUUUGCCACCGUCACCACAGGCUUGCUCAUUGGGGAUAGAUUAGGGAUAAAAUUAGCUCAUGUUUUAAGUCGUUCAAAUUCUGUAAAGCUGCUUUGCGACAAUGUUUAUUGUUAAAAGCGCUAUACAAAUAAACUUGAUUUGAUAUUGUACAGCUUGGACCUCAAAACAACUCAUGCAUAUAGCCCUUAAAUAUGUCCACUUUUCAAAUUUGUAUAUUUUAAAUUCUUAUUUUUUAUUCUAUUUAUAUAACUAUUUUCAUCUUUUUUUUUAAAUUCUUCUAUCUUAACUGUUCAAGCACCAACCACCAAAGCAAAUUCAUUGUAUGUGAGAAUGUACCUGGCAAUAAACUUGAUUCUGAUUCUGAUUCUGAUUGGAAUUGGAGGGGGAAGCCUUGCAUUUGGUACUUCCGGAAUCCAGGAGCAAAAUGUGGAAGGUGAAUACCAGAAAAUUCAAAAUAAAGAUGACUUCUGAGUUGUCGAACAGCAGGCCGGCACCUCCAGUUGUUGAGGAUGAGGAUCUGCAAGGGACAAAGGUCAAAGAUCAUGGUUCAGGUCUGUUCAGCAUGUCCAACUUUGAUGCAGACUCCAUGGACACAGAGGGAGAAGAUGAGAGCGAGGCUGAUCCUGACUCUGAAACAGUGCAGGACAUUUCUCUCUCUAUCCAGGAUCCCAGUCCUGUCUCUGCCAACAGAGAGACAUCUUUCCCUCAGACUCCACCCAAAACUGAUGGAGACUUCCACAUACACACUGUACUAGACUGCGGUUCUGAGGUCAUGGUCUGUCAGUUCAGUAACGAUGGAACUCUACUUGCUGUUGGACUCACUGAUGGCUCCAUCAAGGUCUACAGCACUGAUGGAGGGGAACUGCUUCACACUCUGAGAGACCAAGAUAGCAUUGUCUCCUCUCUGCCUGUCACCAGCCUGUGCUUCACACACACCAGCCAAGAACACAGCAUCCUUUUGGCUACCUAUGCCAGUGGGUGCAUGAGGUGCUGGUACGUUUCGGGCCGGCAAUGUAUGUGGUGGCUGAAAGAAACAAGGCAUAAUGGAGAAAAUGAAGAAGGAAUGCAGAGGCAGGCCCUUUGUCUGUCCAUUUCUCCCUCAGGCAAGCAAGCAGUGACUGGUGGCUCUGAUGCAGCUAUCUGUCUGUACGAUCUCAACACGCACCAGAGAAUACAGAACCACACUGCCAGUUCGAUGAGGACGGUUAUGGAUGGCCACAGCUCACGCAUCUUUGCUGUGACGUUUCAUCCUGCGAGAGAGACAGAGUUCAUUUCAGGAGGCUGGGACAACACAAUUCAAUUCUGGGACACUAGACAGCACCAUGCAGUCAGAAUGCUCUAUGGUCCUCAUGUGUGUGGUGAGGCCCUUCACAUUAACCCAUCAACUAAUCAGAUUCUGUCUGGUUCCUGGAGGAAACACACCACUCUGGAGAUGUGGGAUUACAGUUCAGGUGGGAAAGUGACCAGUGUUCCCCCAGACCCAUACGGAGACAGCAUGAUGUACACAUGUAAAUGGUUGGGUCAAGAUCAUAUAAUAGCAGCUGGAGGUCAUACUAAUGCACUGAGGAUCUUCGAUUGCCACAGUCUAAUGGUGAAGUCACGGUUAUCUGACCUGCCCUCUGCCGUGUUCAGUUCUUCUAUUUGUCCAUCUGAAAGGUGGCCAGGGCUUAUAGCAGCCACCUCUGGAAGCCAAGUGUUCCUGGUAGUCAUGGAUCAGUGAGAAAAGAAAAAAGGCACUAUGCCUGCAUGAAUUUAGCAGAAGCAUGUUUUAAAACUUGUAUAGCAGUUAUAAAGUAGGUGUUUUUCCUUCACAAAACAGUGAAGGAAAAUUUAAAAAAAAAAUUUUUCGAUAAGUCAUUUUGCCAAACGUUAUUUUUAACACUGAUCAUUUAAAUUUGUCCAAAACUGUCAGUAUGGUAGUAUCAAUGAAUAUAAAAGUUCAGUCUAAGUUUAGACACAGUCUUUUCUUAUUUCUUCAGACCCUUUGUCCAUGGCCCACAGCAUGUCUGAUAUUGUCCUAUUGCCCACUUUUCUACCCACAGACUUCAGAAUGUUGAUGAUUUCAAUAAGACUGGCUAUUCACAUUGCUUUUAAAUCCUGCUCAGACAGUUAUUAUUCUUGAUUUUACCUGUGUGCAGUACUUUCUAACACACGUAGUUGGUUCUGAUUCCCAAAAUAUAAACAAUAAAAUAUAAAUUAAGAAUUAAAUGCUAAUACUGUAGACUGUAACAGUCAUACUAUUAAAGUUCAUCUAAAUUGUUCUUUCUAGAACUUCUGUUCACACUGCCUGAAGAUAAAAGUUAUUUUAUUUACAUUGUUAAUGAAUUCACUCGAGAUGAUUCACCUGAGAUGCUCAGGAGGUCACAGGAGAUUUUUAUGAGCCACUUCUUGUAUUUCCAUGCAUGUAAAAUAGAUUUAUUAAGAAGAUUGAGCACAUCUUUAAGCUAAUUAAA